CACCAACCGCUGCGAGAGGCUGAGAGCAACUACCAUCACUGUGCGCUCAACAGAGAAGACUUUGGAUACUUCUCAGACGUCCAACUACAUUACCAUGAAGUCGACAUGUCUGCUCAUCUUGGCUUCUCUCGUGGUCUGCAACUUGACGCUGUCUGGAGGACAGGGCAUCCCCGCUGACGAGGAGACUGACGGGAGGACCAUAGACGACAUCAUACUACAGAGAGCAGAAAGUCUCCUGUUACGGUCCAUUCUCAAAAAGAUGCAGGAUGAUGACGGCAGAAGCGAGGGAUCUUCCUCUCAGAUAGAGUGGGUGACAAAACGACAACAUCCCGGUAAGAGAUACAGCGAGGCUUUGGAGAAGCGCCAGCAUCCGGGGAGGAGAGAGGAGGACGAGGAUGAACAGUACUUAGACGUUCAAAAGAGACAGCACCCGGGCAAACGCGAAGAAGAAAUGCACUCCUUCAUGGAGAAAAGGCAGCACCCGGGGAAGCGCUCCACGAUGGGACACGUCUCUGAAAACCCCGUCGUGCUCCUGAGUGAACUUUCAAAACGACAGCACCCGGGGAAGCGCUACCUGGUGCUGCACAGCAAACGCCAGCACCCAGGUAAGCGCCACCCUGAGGAUGAGGACUUCGAUGGGGACUGGGAUGUGGAUGGAGACGAAGACCUCGUUGACCUGGAAAAGCGUCAGCACCCCGGGAAAAGGUUUUGGGAUAACUCCAGUCCGGAUUUGGGCACAAACAGUCCAUGUGACGUAUUGGACGCUACGAGCUGCAGCAAGACCAGUUUGCUGCUCGACUUUUUAGACAACAUUAACAAGAGCCACGCCGAGGAGAAGAGACAACACCCUGGGAAAAGGUUUGCACCCGAAGAGGAUUUAGUGGAAGGAGAGUAGGAUAAACACAAGUCUGGUGCGCGCGUACUGCUGUAUUGUAGACAAAUUAAUGUGUAAAUGAAGUGACCAUAAUGAAUUAUUAAAAACGUAAAAAGAAUUCACAUCAUUUAAUCU